AUGUUCAACAGAGUUUUGUCUACGAUUGAAAAUUUCCCGAACCAAGGAUGUUUCCUAAAUGGUGGAUCACCGAGGAGAAUGGAUGUAAAGGAUGAGUUAAACGAUCGAUUUCCUCAUCCAAUUUAUGGUUAUGCUGGAACUAAUGAUGGUGAAGAACCAAUGGAAACAAACGAACUAGCCAAUAUGAGCCGCGAAGACUACAAAUCGGCUGAUGAGGGUGAAGGCGACGAAUUUGAGAUUGUCAAUGGAAAACCGAGCCCAACUACGGAUGGUGAUCAAAUGAAUACUUCUACUCCACCUGAAUCAGCGGAACAUGGUUGGAUGUCAGCUCGAGACAAAACUUACCUUGCUGAUUCACCAAAAGAAGAGCUAUGGGCUUCAGCUCGGAAUCGAACUUUCAAUGCUGGCCAUGCUAAAGAUAAGGCUUUCAACGCAAACAUUCCGGUGGUAGAUGAUACCCCAGAAACGUCAGAUACUCAGCUCAUGCAAAAAGUGAAAAUGCCAGUAGUCGAACAAAAGCCACCGCCACCAUUGUUGAAAUUGGAAGAGAAUAGUGACAAUACGGCGUUCAUUACGAAACGCCCAGAAAGACAAAAGACAAUGGUCGUCUCGAGCACCAAAACAUCGCCAUCAGUCAACGCCGUCAAAGAGAUUUUUGAAAAAGCCCGAAAAAAUGGCGACUACGAGGAUGCUGAACGCGCAACUUUGGCUGUAAUUGCGAACCAUGAAAAGAUGAUGACAACUGCUCUGGCCACCAAAUUGGACCUCCUGCAAACUCAACUCUCAAAUUCCGAAGCAAACCGAGACACUUGGAAGCUGAUGCACGAGGGCACCAUAAGUGUCUUAUCAACUCAUGGACAAAAGACAGGAAAUACGGGAGGCGUUGACAGCGCGAAAUACGACCAAUUGGAGAAAAGUCACAUGCAACUGCAAAACGAACAUCAACAAAUCUAUACCAUGUACCAGAAGUCGUUUGAAUACGUUGACCAGCUGAAGGCCAUGAACAAGAACUUGAAAGAAGGCUACGAUGAGGCAAUCAAAACGGAAGAAAUCUACAAGGGUGACAUCAAAGCAAUGGCCGAGCGCUACAAUCGACUACUCGAGCACAGCAAAGAAAAGAUUGCUGCGGCUAACGAUCACGUGCGAAAAGUAGAAGAACGGGCUUCAACGGAUCGUUUGGCACUUGCAACAAAGCAAACUGCGGUGGCUUCACUCGAGCAACAACUGGAAGCCAAGGCUAACGAGAACCGAGAACUCCAAUCGAUUUGCAAUACGUUGAUGGAAAAACUUCAUAAUUUCGACACGGAAGAUGCCAGCAGCGAAGUCAGCUAUCAGGAUGCU